AUUUUAUAUUUGGGUGCUUUCAAAUACAUACCCACUGAUGAUCUCAGGCGUCUGAGCGAUGAUGUUGAUAUGAUAUUCAGCAAUUUAGCAAAAUAUUCAGUUCCAUCGUUUCUGAAGUCAUAUGUAGAACAAUAUGCUUUACGAAGUACAUUAGUUUUAAUCAUUAUAUUUUUGAAUGUGUUCAAGUUUCGGGAGUCUAAAUUCUUUGUAUCAGGCAGUUUGUCCAAAAAUAUCAAAUCGAGUAAUUCGGGAGACAUUUUAAAUUUUAUUCUCUCCUUCUUGUUCUCAGAAUCCAAUAGCAGGAGUAACUCUGCACACAAUAGAAGCAAUCCACACCUUUGUACCUACCCAUGCUGAAUUAUUCUAGAAUAGAAGUCUGAUUUUCUGUCAUUACGUCAUCAAAAAUGAAUAUUGAAUUCGGCUUGACUUUCGAUGGCGUUCGAUGAUCCAACAAUAAUACAGCGGACUGUGGAUGAGAAGACUUCCAUGGCGCUGCAUAGCAUUGUUUUGUAUAUCCGCCACUUUUGUAUCAAUAUUGCUGAUACAUAAUUCUUGUUUCUGUUUUGUGACCCUCAUUGUACAACGAG